GAAUAGAAAAGUAAAGUAGAACGUGAUGAACAGCAAAGAGGAAGUGAAAAACUUUUCUGACUAAUGCCAUAGUUGAAAGGUUGGAAGCUGGAGGCGGAGACCCAAGAGAAUCAUGGAUAUUGACUGGAUUGGGUUUGGAUAUGCUGUACUCUUGGCCUUUGGUGGCUUUUUGGGGUUUUCUCAGAAAGGUAGUAUUGUGUCCUUGGCAGCUGGUCUCACUUUUGGUUUGCUUGCUGCUUAUGGGGCAUUCCGUGUUUCAUACGAUCCAAGGGAUAUCAAGAUAUCAUUGAUUGCUGCAGUUUCUCUAAGUGUAAUAAUGGGUCUGAGGUACAAUCGAUCAAAGAAAGUCAUGCCUGCAGGAAUUGUAGCUGGCAUUAGCAUUUUCAUGGUGUUGAGGCUGUUGUUGAAUCUGACUUAAGAGAUGUGCACCUGCUGGAAAAGGAUACCGACAUCCAGCCCUUUGCGAUGUACAGACCAGAAGCCUUCUACUUUAUACUGUAACUUGACCUAUGCACUGACUUUUUAAUCAUUCCAUAACUUGCAUUGCACUCAUUUUUACAUCUCUAUGUUUGGCUUUUAUACUGUUUUAUGUUUCAACAUUAAUAUUUCUGAACGACGCAAGUGCUAUACAGUAGCAAAAACCUGUAUUCAAUUUCUGUAACAACAAAACGUUGUUUCUGUUAAAUGACUAGAAAUGGCCAGCUUCAUGUUUUUCACAUUCCGCAAAUAAAAGUGCCUGGUUUCUUA